AUGGAGACAGCGUUUGUUGCAGGAAUCGGACCAUUGUUAGCAGUACCAGAAGUGCCUGCUGCAGUACUAGGAGUGAAAAACGGUGGAAGUCCAUACGAAAACCCAGUCGGCAUAACGAAGCGAGCAUCAGUAGAUGCAGUUGGGAUCACACUUGUAGUUAUAGGGCUGAAAUGGCAUGUUUUGGAACUAGGCUCUAGUCCAGGACCAAUAUCAGAAUCUGUAAGGAUUCAUGAUGUGUUCUUAAGUUUCAGGGGAGUGGAUACUCGUUCUACGUUCGUUUCACAUCUAUAUACAGCUCUUCGAAAUGCUGGAAUUAAAGUUUUUCAAGACGAUAGUGGGCUUCAAAGAGGAGAUUACAUUUCAACAUCAUUAUUCCGUGCAAUUGAAGAGUCUCAAAUUUCUUUAAUUGUUUUCUCAAAAAACUAUGCCAAUUCAAAAUGGUGUUUGGAUGAAUUGGAAAAAAUAAUGAAGUGUUACAGAACCAUAGGACAAAAGGUUGUGCCUGUGUUCUACCAUUUAGAACCAUCUGAAGUGCGCCAUCAGACAGGAGAGUUUGGAAUAUCUUUUCAUAGUCUUUUGUAUGAACUGCUUCCGCAGACAAGUAUGUUUCGAAGCUAUAAUAUAAGAUUUUUGACCACCAAAAUUUGGAACAAGAAGAAAUUUACGCAAGAUUGGAGAGAGGCUCUUCGUCAGGCAGCUAGCAUUGCAGGGUUUGAAAUACUCAAGUCACGGAAUGAAAGUGAGUAUAUCAAAGCUAUUGUUGACCACAUUUCAGACUUGUUGAAUAAGACAGACUUGUUUAUUUCGGAUAACCCUGUGGGAAUUCAAUCUCGAGUGAAAGAUGUGAUUAACUGUCUAGACUUCGGAUCAAACGGUGUUCAACUAGUAGGGAUGUGGGGUAUGGGGGGAAUUGGCAAAACAACCAUUGCAAAAGCUGUUUACAAUAAGAUUGGCCGCGAGUUUGAAGGUAGGAGCUUCCUUGCAAAUAUUAGGGAAGUUUGGAAGCAAGAUGGUAGACAAAUGGGUUUACAAGAACAACUUUUAUUUGAUAUCUGUAAAGAAAUAACCAAAAUAUCAUACAUUGACAAGGGAAAAAACACAUUAAAGGAUAAACUUUGCGGUAAAAGAGUACUUAUUGUACUUGAUGAUGUGAGUACCCUAGACCAACUGAAUACUUUAUGUGCAAGUCGUGAAUGGUUUGGCAAAGGGAGUGUAAUAAUCAUCACAACAAGAGAUUUGGUUUUACUCAGAGGGAGAGUUGACAGAAUAUACAUAAUGACAGUAAUGAAUGAAAGUGAGUCAAUUGAGCUUUUUAGUUGGAAUGCAUUCAAGCAAGCGAGACCCAAAGUAGAUUUUUCUGAAAUUUCCAUGAAUGUGGUUAAGUAUUCUGGAGGGUUGCCGCUAGCUCUGGAAGUCCUUGGGCGUUAUUUGUUUGCUAGAGGGGUAACAGAAUGGCAACGUGUAUUGGAGAAACUCAAAAGAAUUCCUAAUGAUCAAGUGCAGAAGAAGUUAAGAAUAAGUUAUGAUGAUUUGGAAGAUACUGAUGAGCAAGAAAUAUUCCUUGACAUAGCUUCUUUCUUAAUUGGAAUGGACCGAAAUGAUGUUAUACUCAUAUUAAAUGACUGUGGACUUCAUGCAGAAAUUGGAAUAAGCGUCCUUGUUGAGAGAAGCCUUGUGAGUGUUGAUGAUAAGAACAGGCUUGGAAUGCAUGAUUUGCUGCGAGAUAUGGGAAGAGGAAUUGUUCAUGAGGAAUCACCAAAGAGUCCUGAGAAGCGUAGCAGGUUGUUGUAUCCGGAGGAUGUGAUUGACGUAUUAUCAAAACAAACUGGAAAAGAAAGUGUUAUGGGACUGGCUUUGAAGUUGCCUAAAGCUAAUAAAUACUGUAAAGCAAUGAAAACUUUUAGAGAACGCCAAUGUCCAUCUUCUGUGGAACGAAUCCAGGGUAUUACACUUCAUGACGCACUUCAUUUUAGUUUUUCACACUUCAUGACUUAUUUUCACUUUUUAUAUUUAUGGCUGAAAUUUAAAUUAAAAAAAAAAUACCGACGAUUGAAGUUAAAUCUCUAAAUAAAUUUUAUUUGCUUUUAAUUAGUGUACACCAUUUUGAAAGCUACUUCAACUACUACACCGGUGUAAAUGUUUUAUUUUCUAUUCUCAUUCAUGGUUAGUGAUACAUUGUAAUUGUUUCUAUUUACUUUUUGAAGUCUGACCAAGUUUCUCCAUUAU